AUGGCUGCAGAAGGGGCGUCCCACAUCUGGAAGGGCAAAGGAGGAUUUGAGGAGGAGGACAGAAUCCUGGUACUGGAAAAAAACUGGAGGCCCUGGCCAAAAGCCCGGAGGAAGGUUCAAGGCUGCCUGGCGUGUGUGAAGCGGCAGCUGUUCCGCGUGGGAGAUGACUGGUACUUCCUCUUCGCCCUGGGGGUCCUCAUGGCGCUGGUCAGUUUUGCCAUGGACUUCACGGUCUCCAGGGUGGCCAACGCUCACCGGUGGCUGUGUCAAGAAGUCGGGGACUACCUGGUGCUGAAAUACCUGUCCUGGACGAUCUACCCCGUCGCCUUGUCAGCUUUCUCCACUGGCUUCGCACAGAGCAUCACCCCACACUCAGGAGGUUCCGGCAUCCCAGAGCUCAAGACCAUCCUGACGGGGGUCGUCCUGGAGGAGUACCUGGCCGUGAAGAAUUUUGGUGCCAAAGUCGUGGGCCUGACCUGCACCUUGGCCUGCGGGAGCAGCCUCUUCCUGGGGAAAGUGGGGCCUUUUGUCCACCUCUCCAGUAUGAUUGCUGCCUAUCUGGGGAGAAUUCGAACCACUGUCUCCGGGGAGUAUGAGAACAAGAUCAAGCAGAACGAGAUGCUGGUGGCGGGGGCUGCGGUCGGCGUGGCCACGGUCUUCGGGGCACCCAUCAGUGGGGUCCUGUUCAGCAUCGAGGUGGUGGCAUCCCACUUCGCCGUCCGGGACUACUGGAGGGGCUUCUUUGCCGCCACCUGCGGGGCCUUCUUCUUCCGCCUCCUGGCCGUCUUCAACAGUGAACAAGAAACCAUCACGGCCGUCUUCCAGACCAGUUUCAAGAUCAACUUCCCCUUCGACCUGCCGGAGACCCUCUUCUUUAUGCUCUUGGGCAUCCUCUGCGGGGCCGUGAGCUGCGCCUACCUCUUCUGCCAGCGCUGGUUCCUGGGCUACGUCAAGAGGAACUCCUUCACCGCCAAGCUGCUUGCUGCUGAGAAGCCUCUCUACUCCGCCCUGGUGGCUCUCCUGCUCUCCUCCGUCACCUUCCCCCUGGGCCUGGGGCGGCUCAUGGCUUCCAGGCUGAGCAUGAAGGAGCUCCUGACCUCUCUCCUCGACAACCGCACCUGGGGCAUCCUUUCCCACAACGCAUCCCUCGACAGGCCUCUUCACGUCGAUCCCCGCGACCUCUGGCUGGAGUGGUGGGAUCCAAACAUCACGGUCUUCGGCUGCCUGGUGGUCUUCCUGGUGAUGAAGUUCUGGAUGCUGAUCCUGGCUACCACCAUGCCCAUGCCAGCCGGAUAUUUCAUGCCCAUCUUCAUCUAUGGCGCUGCCCUCGGCCGCCUGGUGGGAGAGGCCACGGCCUUCCUCUUCCCCAGGGGCAUCACCUCGGAGGGAGCCACGAGCCUCAUCAACCCCGGAGGGUACGCGCUAGCAGGGGCAGCUGCUUUCUCCGGCGCGGUCACCCACACCCUCUCCACGGCUUUGCUGGCCUUCGAGAUGACGGGGCAGAUCGCCCACAUCCUGCCCGUCCUCCUGGCAGUGCUCAUCGCAAACGCCAUCGCCCAGAAGUCCCAGCCCUCCUUCUACGACGGCACCAUCAUCGUCAAGAAGCUGCCCUACCUCCCCCGCAUCCGGAGCAGACACAUGGGCUCCUACAAGGUCACUACGCAAGAGUUCAUGAGCACGGAAUUCCUUGCCCUGCCCACGGAUGCCACCUUCCCAGAGAUCCUCAGAGCAGUCACCUCCACGGAAGACCUGGAGUAUCCAGUGAUUGACAACACGGAAACACGGAUGCUGGUGGGAACGGUGCAGAGAUCGGAACUCAUCCAGCUCCUCCAGACCAGCGAGGAGGAGGAGGAGGAGGAGGAGGAGAGCAGCAGUGGCAGCAGCAGCCGGCCCCCGAAGAAGGAGGAGGAGACGCGGCCCCACCAGACCUUGGGCACAGGCUGCACGGUCCAUCCGGUCACUCUGCAACUGUCACCUUGGACGUCCCUCCACCAGGCACACAACCUUUUUGAGUUGCUGAAUUUGCAGCGGGCAUUUGUCACCCAGCUCGGAAAGACAGUGGGGGUUGUCUCCAGGAGCGAGAUCAGGAAAGCCAUCGAAGACCUGGCAAACCCCAAAGCCCCAAAAUAAGGAAGAGACUCCCGGCCAGGGGCCCCCAGCCCUGCCACCGACAACAGACGCAGGAAACACAUCGUGGAAGCUGAGGACUCGCCUUCCUUCCGUCUCUCUCUCUCCCUCCCCACGGCCGAGGGCAGGGAGUCCCAUUCGAGUCUGACUCACACCGCAAAGGUCUCCUUGGCCUCUCAGGUGUUCCUGGACGCCUAGAGCCUCCCUGCCCCCCCCCCAGGGCCACCUGCUGGGGCCAGGCCUGCUUUCUCCCGGCAACUCUGCCCCCUCCCCCUCCUCCUCUUCCCCC